CCACUCAUUCUAAGAUCAAUCUUGUACGUAAAUGAUGAAGUUUCGUAGAGGUUUAUGCCUGCUCUUAGUUUCAGUUCUCUUCUUGCUUGGCUAUGGCACUGCUUGUUCUGAUGGCACAUGUAAGCUGCUGGAUGAAUGUUCAACUGAUGAAGAUUGUGAAGCUGGGCUGUAUUGUUUCUCUUGCCCUCAAGGUUUCUCAGGGUCUAAAUGUGUGCGAUCAUCGGUUACCAACCAGUUCUCCCUCCUGAAUAAUACACUACCAUUCAACAAAUAUGCAUUCCUGACAACCCACAAUUCCUAUGCAAUCGAGGAUGAGCCACUUCACACUCCAAUUCCGAGGCUAUGUCCUUUUAAUCAAGAAGAUAACGUCACCAUGCAGCUAAAUAAUGGCGUUCGGGCUCUAAUGCUCGACACGUAUGAUUUUCAAGACGAUAUCUGGCUGUGCCAUUCUUUCAAUGGAAACUGCCACGAUUAUACAGCAUUUGAACCGGCUAUGGACACUUUGAUUGAAAUUGAAGCGUUCUUGUCAGCAAAUCCAUCAGAAAUCGUGACACUCAUCCUAGAAGACUACGUGCACACCCCCAAUGGAUUAACCAAAUUAUUUACAGAUGCAGGGCUGAUGAAGUACUGGUUCCCCGUGACAAGUAUGCCUCAGAAUGGCCAGGACUGGCCGCUAGUGAGCGACAUGGUAGCUAAUAACCAGAGGCUGCUAGUGUUUACUUCGAUUGAAUCCAAACAAGCAGAUGAAGGCAUUGCUUAUCAAUGGAACUUCAUGGUGGAAAAUCAAUAUGGAGAUGGGGGAAUGGAAGCUGGAAAUUGUCCUAACAGAGGGGAGUCAUCGCCACUUAAUGACACGAGUAAAUCACUAGUCUUGGUGAACUAUUUUAGAACUGUUCCGCUCAAGUUAUUAGCCUGUGGAGAGAACUCGGAUGACCUCAUUGACAUGCUUUACACCUGCUAUACCGCGGCUGGGGACCGAUUUGCCAAUUUUGUUGCUGUUGAUUUCUACAAGAGGAGUGAAGGAGGAGGAACAUUUCAGGCUGUCGACACGCUGAACGGAGAGCUACUAUGUGGCUGCAAUGAUGUACAUUCCUGCGAACAAGGAUCUAGUGGAUGUGCUGCCAGUCCUGGUCCCAGUCCAAAUCCAAAUUCUCAAGGAAAAUGAGACAGUUUAUAAGGAGAAGACUCAAUGAUAUAUAAUUUAAAAGGGCUUGAAAAAAGUUAUACAACUCUGUUGCUUAUAAACAAGUUACUAGUAAAUAACAAUUGUACAAGUUUUGUUACUAUGCCGCCAUCAUUUUAUACUAUAACCAAUAUCACAUUUUUCAGAAUAUAACCAGUACAUUCUACCAAUUU